UAGAUCAUAUCCGGUAAGGAAGUUGUCUGGUCAAAACAAAUGUUAGCUCGUCUUAUAAUAUUUCACAACUCUCAAUGAGUUUCACUUUAUCUGGAUAAUAUACGUGUGUCAGUUUUUCAUCACUAACCUGUGUAUCCAUGGAGACACCAGAGCCAGGACCAGCAGAUGGAGAGGAGCGUCUGGUGGACCUGCGACCUCGGACACGUUCCAAUCCCGAAGGUGCUGAGGACCGUCGCAGCAGCACGGGCAGCCUCGGAGGAAACAGUAACCCCAACAUAACUCAGCCCGCUGUGGGAAGUCGUGUUGAGGGAGAGGGAGAGGCUUCAACCAGCGACAGUCCUCCGAGCUCCACCACCACAACCGUCUCAGUAUCUGCAGCUCAGACUGUAGCCCCUGCUGCUGUAGUAACAGCAGUGGCUGCAGCCAGUGCCACAGUGCCACUAUCCACUGCUGCUGUUGCAGCCAAAGAGAGGCCAAAGUCCACACAACAGCAGCCCACAUUGACAACUUCUGUGCCUCCACCAGCAGAGUACCAGCUCAGAGUUCCCCGUGUCAACUGUCCAGAGAAAGUGAUCAUCUGCUUAGACCUUUCUGAAGAGAUGUCUUUGCCAAAGUUGGAGUCUUUUAAUGGGUCUAAAACAAACGCCCUGAACAUAUGCCAGAAGAUGAUUGAGAUGUUUGUCAGAACUAAACACAAGAUAGAUAAACGCCAUGAGUUUGCCCUGGUAGUAGUCAAUGAUGAUGCUCUGUGGUUGUCAGGCUUCACCUCUGACCCCAGGGAGCUGUGCAGCUGUUUGUAUGACCUCGAGACCAAUGUGUGCGAGUCCUUCAAUCUGGAAGAUCUUCUUAAUGUGAUUCGUCAGAAGAUCGAGCUUCCAUUGAUGGAGAACGUUCAGACUGUCCCUCCUCCAUAUGUGGUGAGGACUGUGCUCAUCUACAGCCGUCAUGCAGGACAGCUUCAGUUCAACCCUUCUGAGGCUGUCAGUAAGAUGCUGCAGUCUCCUUAUUUUUUCUUUGAUGUGGUCUACCUACAUAAUGGGAUGGAAGAGCAGGGGGAUGAGACCAGCUGGAGGGACAACUACACCUCUUUCUGUAACCUGGACUCAAAGGGCAUGUGCUAUCGUUUUGAGGUUUCCCUGGGUGGACCCGCCAUCGAGCUGCACAACUGCAUGGCCAAACUUCUGGCUCACCCUUUACAAAGACCUUUCCAGAGCCAUGCGUCUUACAGCCUUCUGGAGGGGGAAGACCCUCAGGACAUUGAGGCAACAGUCUAAAACAGCACAUACUCGUAAACGCCCUGUUUCUCUGAGAAAAUCACACUGUAGUUCAUCAGAAAAAGGGUUUCCAAAUAUACUUUAUUACCUGACAGUAACUGCUGUAGAGCAAUAAUUCUUCUGAAUAUUUUUUGAUUAACUCCAUCAUCCGGUUUCCAUAAAACAAUGAAUGAGUCAUUGACUGUUUAAGCUGUGGAAGAAUGAAACUGUAAAACUGUUAGAGGUCUCCUGGGGGUUGGAUCAUGAAGUGGAUGUCAGAGAGUCCAGACACAGAAUACAGGAAUGUCUGUGACUCUUAAAGGGAGAAAUCAGAUCAGACCUGUGACAGUUUUCCAUAUCUGACCCUUUGAGACCUUGAAGUUAUAAACUGUAAUGUGUAAUAUAACAUUGCCUCUUCUUUUAGUUGGUAAUUUCCACCUUUUGUUGCCUGUUUUUAAUGUAUUUUUUUAUUUUAUAAGGGGCUGUUUUCAAUCAUUUGUUUGUUUCACUCUUGUAUGUUACACAGACAAUGAAAGAAUGUAAAGAAAUGUAGAUAUGGCCCUUUU